UAUGUGAUGUGGAAAUGGGGUCACAAGUCAAAAACGUUUGGGAACCAUAUUGCUGGAUCCAGGUGAAAAUACAAACGUAAAGACAACAAUACAUACAUACAUAUUCAUUCACCAGUGAUAUAUCCUUCUUAUCCUCUCUAGUGUUACUAUUGUUAUUGCUGCUGUUGUUGUUGUUGAAAUCCUGAGGGAAACUAAUUUAGUAUACAAUUUAAACUAACUAAUGUAAGUAAAAAUCAAAUGUGCCAAUUUAAUGAUUUUAUCUUUAGAAAUUCAGUCAUAUAUGUAAAUUCAUCAUAUAUGUUGUGCCUUCAAAAAUGUAAGAUCAAAACAUUUACCACUUGGAUGUGUUUUCGAAGAGCAACAGCUACGAUUGAGCAUCAGUUGCAGGACCAUAUACCUGCAGCAGAUGCAUAACUGGAUACAAACAUAUCGAGUUUCACUUAAAACAAAGGACAGAAACUCAUGAAUAAGAUAUCGUUUCUGUGGCGUCAUGGCGAAAGCUGCACUUCACGACUAGAGGUUUGGUGCUUGAACCUGUCGCACACAUUACUUCAUCCACUUAAAGGAGGAUUUGUUUCGUAGACUUUGCUAUGAGACCUCCACGAGACGACAGAGGUUGUUGAAACACCGUUUGUUCCUUCUGAGAUUUUGUAAGGUUAAAACACGGGAUGACCCACUGCAGUGACAACGAGAAUGUUGAGCAGAGUGACGAUGGAGGCGAAAAACAGAAGAAUAAGCAGAAAAAAAGACGCACUGAGAGAAAACAUGUGUCUUUUCCUCCUGAUGAACAGAUAGUAUCUGGCUUUGCUGAGCACAGGGGCACCAACAGCUGCCUUACCUUGACGGAGGUGACGACAGCCUACCUGCAGAGCUGCAGCAGGCAUCAGGUCCAACCACUAGUACAUGUGCUUCAACAGCUUCAGCAGGGUGCAUGUGUAGGUGGCAGUGUGAAAUGUCUGGAUCUCAAAGGUGAGCGAUUAGACCAUCGCUCCUGCGAAGCUCUGGAAGUCGUCCUGAAAUCUCUGCGCUUAGAUUUCAUCAAUCUGCAGGCAGCACAACUGGAAGAAAAUGGAGCUUCAUCUUUGCUGGAUAUGAUUUCGUACUAUGAAUCGACAAGCCAUCUUGACAUUUCUGACAACAGGAAUAUGGGAACAUCUGGUUGGAGGGCGCUGGCUCAUUUGAUUAAGCAGAGUAUGCGUUUGUCUCGACUGGACGCCUCCAACAUGCCCAUGGUGGACUACCCAGCCCUGUCUCUGUCCAAAGCUCUGCUGACCAGCCGGCUCACAACGCUGCACCUUCACAACGCCCAGCUCAGUGGCAUGCCGCUUUACAGACUUGUUAGUGCACUGAAGUUGAACAGGACUCUGCAGGAGCUCCACCUCACCAACAAUCUGCUGAACAGCUACCAGGAUGCACUGCAGCUCGGGGACCUGCUGCGUUACAAUUCCACUUUAAAGACUAUGGAGCUCAGCAACAACACACUGGCAGAUGCAGGUUUCGCGGAGCUCUGUGAUGGUCUGAGGUGGCAGACAGCAGGUCUGGAGGUGUUACUCCUGCGGAGAAACCAGAUCACUGUAGAGGGCAUGCUCUCCCUGUCCCAGACUCUGCCGGUGCUGAAGGUUCUACAGGUCCUGGAUCUAUCUGAGAACUUGAUUGGAGACGAGGGCAUACAGCUGAUCCGGUCACCUUUAAUGAUGAACUGCUCGUUGCUAAAGCUAUGUCUGGCCCAGAACAGCAUCACCUGUGAAGGUGCUGUGGCAUUGGCUGAGUUUCUUGCAGAGAACCAUUACAUUCAGUGUCUGGACCUCCGUCAGAAUAACGUGAAGGUCGGGGGACUGAUGGCCUUGUGUCUGGCCAUGAAGAUCAACCAAUCCCUCGCUAAUUUGGAUUUGGACAAUGUCCCCCUGGAAGAACAGGUAGGGGCAUUUACUACAAUAUCUAAAAAAAAAACAAGAGGUCAAAUGUCACAUUACCUUAAAAAUAUUAAAGCACAGAAACAGACAGAGAGGCAAAACAACCUCAAAAUCACCCAGGGAAAUGUUUCAUUUAGGUGA